AUGGCUCCCCCCAGUGGUAGUCCAAACCAUUCAGUUCAUCCAUUAGCACCACAGCACACUCAAGUGAAUCAGGGACAGCUUCAUCAACCCCAUACACAAGCUGCGGCUGUUUCUCAAGAUGGGGUGCCUCUGCGGCCUGCUGAUGCAUCUCCUCAGACGACUUUGUCUGGCUCUCACGACGGUACCCAAGACGGUUCUCAAGAAGACCCUGCAUUGAUUGGAUUAAGCCCCUCUGACAUUGAGAAGCACAGACAGCGUCAGAAACUGCGGGAGUUUCUAAUUCGACAACAGAUUCAGAAAAAGGAGGCGGCUGCUGCAGCAGCUGGCAGUACAUCUCCUGGUUGGUCUGGAGGUGAGACGUCAGAAAGGAUCAACCGAGCACCGCCACCUUAUCCACAGGAUCGUGUCAGUGCUGUGACUCCAACCGUUUCAACACAAGUGUCCAAGAGUCCCAGUGGUCCCCAACAAAUGGGAAACCUGCCAAUCAUGGAUUCCAGUGCAGUACGGCUGCCUGGAACAACUAAACCUUCAGGCAUGUUUGCUCGUCCACCCCUGCCGCCUCAGUGGCAGGCUCAGGGUGCAGGUCCACAUAGAAACAUGCAACCAGGCAUGGACGCCAUGAGCAUAAGGCAUAAUUUCAACCACCCUGUCAACAUGCAGGAUAUUGGCAACCCACCAAGUUUAGUCACUCCGUCGGCCAAUGAGCACAGCGGGGAACUACCAGAGGCAGACCUGGAUGGGUUGGGAGAUUCUGGGGGUGAUGCUGGUGUUGAGGAUGAGGAUGAUCUUGCUCUUGACCUGGAUCCCGAUAAAGGGGAUGAUGCUUUGGGCAAUCUGGAUAAUCUCGAAGCCAAUGAUCCACAUCUCGAUGACUUGCUAAACAGUGAUGAGUUUGAUCUGUUGGCUUACACAGAUCCUGAAUUGGACCAGGGUGACCCCAAGGAUGUUUUCUCAGACCAGCUGCGGUUGGUUGAAGCUGAAAGUGAGACCUCCUCAGGUGCACGAAUUAAAGUAGAAGAUAAGUCACAUAAGCAAAACCUCUCUUCAAAGACUGAUGGCAACUUCAAUCCGACAUCUGCAAAAAACACAGAUGUCACCAAGCAAUCAGUGAUGCGUAUGGGGCAUCCUGGAGCAAUGCCCUCACAGCCUGGAGUCAAACGGGUCCCUUUGACCAACAAUCUUUUUCCUGAUAAAGAUUUGGACAAAUUUGUAACUGAUGACAUCCUGGAUCCCAUUGCUAAAGCAAAGAUGGUGGCUCUUCAAGGAAUAAAAAGAGUUCUUACAGACCCAAUGGUUGUUCCGUCUGGCAUUAACAGGCAACAGGUUUCCUUGCUUGCUCAAAAGCUGGCAACUCCUGGAACUGAUACAGGACAUAUUUCCUCAGGACCAAUAAAGGAAGGCGAACCAAGUGAUGCUACUCAGUCGAGGCCAAACCCUCCCCAAUUUGUCCAAGGAAUUAUCAAUGAUGCAGAGCAACAUCAAUAUGAGGAAUGGCUGUUACACACUCAGCAACUAUUACAAAUGCAGUUGAAGUUUUUGGAGGAGCAGAUUGGAGUCCACCGCAAAUCUCGAAAGGCACUUUGUGCAAAACAGCGUACAGCAAAGAAGGCAGGCAGGGAGUUUGCUGAGGCAGAUGCAGAAAAGUUGAAGUUGGUUACAGAAGAACAAAGUAAAAUUCAAAAACAGCUUGACCAGGUACGGAAACAACAGAAGGAGCAUACAAAUCUUAUUGCCGAAUAUAGGAGCAAACAGCAGCAACAUCAACAAGGCUCAGGACAGGUGCCACAGAUGAGGCAGGCCAUGGGAACUGUUGGAUCUCAACCUGGUGUCACCCCACAGAUGCAGCAGAGUAUACUGCCCCACAGGCCACAGCCUCCACAAGUCGGAGAGAUGCUGCAUCCGCAGAUGAUGAGAGGACGGCCCAAACGUCCAAAUAAAGUUACCAGUGGGCCCAAUGCGAGAAAAAAGAACAAGAAGGAUGAAAUGGGGAAAAGUCCAGAAGCUCUCAUUAAACAGCUUAAACAGGGUCUUUCUUUGCUUCCAUUAAUGGAGCCAUCCAUAACUGCAAGCCUAGAUCUUUUUGCCCCUUUUGGGAGCAGUCUUCCUAAUGAUAAAGCCCAGCUCAAAGGAUCAUUUGGAAGUGCCGUGCUGGACAACAUUCCAGACUACUAUUCUCAACUACUUACAAAGAGUAACCUUAGCAAUCCUCCUACACCUCCGUCAUCGCUACCUCCCACACCACCUCCUUCAGUACAGCACAAGCUGCCAAAUGGGAUAACCACUGGGGAGGAGCUGUCCAAGUGUAAAGAUACUGAUGCUGUAGAGUCAAGAGACGCCCCGUCUGAAGUGGUUAAGAGUGUUGACAUUCUUGCAGCUCUUCCUACGCCACCACACAACCAAAAUGAAGACAUCAGGAUGGAAAGUGAUGAUGAGGAUGCACAAGAGAGCAUUAUUCCAGCAUCAUCCCCAGAGAGUAAUGUGGGUGAAGGAACAACACGGUUUCCUCAACUCAAAGAACCCAAGGAAGAAGAGACUGAAAGGGCAAUAUCUCCCAUUAUCCCCCUCAUUCCCCGCACACCUAUUCCAGAAUUUCAAGAAAAUAAACCAAUUGCAGAGGAGAAGGUGCCUUCUUCAGCAAAUAAUCUCAAUAGACCAAACAAUAAUGAAGUGUCUGUCACUUUCACACUGUCCUCGGCAGCCGCGAAGAAACUAAACCAUGUGAUGAUGGCCAUGGCUCAGCUCCUAAGCAUACGAAUGCCGGGUUCUUAUGAAGUGACUUUCCCGCCUCAAAGUCUGAAUUUUGAUGGGUCCAGUAAGCUGCCAGAACAGCCAGACUUCCCAGGUGCCCUCUGUUCGAAGAACAAUUUGACUCCUAAUCCGGAUGAAUGGCUCAGACAGUUUGAUGUGUCGCUCCCCGGCUGCACGCUCAAGAAACACGUGGACAUUCUUUCACUAAUCAAACAGGACUUUAUAGAAAAUGAGGACAAGCCGGCACUUCACUACUACACCACCAAAGUAAAUGAUUUGGAUGUGCGGCACCUUCCUGUUAUUCCAGUUGAGGAAUCCCCACCACCAUCACCACCUGCUCCUGAGGACCAAGAACCUGUUUGUGAGACAGAUGUGUCGAAAUCUUCUCCUUUCAUUCCUUCCAUGCAAAAUCAAGAAGUUGAGGUCAAGACUGAGCCAGAGCAAGAGGGUGGAGCUACAGAACUUAAACCACCAAUAUUUACUGCAGGCGAGACUGAAUCUGAAGCAAUGUCAGUUUCCAAGGCUAUAUCUACUGAAGAGUUGCUGAAGGUGACUGUUACUGCUAAGGAGGAGGACAUGAGUACGGACCUCCCAGAGACUGAUUAUAAUGCUCCUAAUGAUUCGCAGUCUUCCCCAAAAUCCAUAAAACAAAGCAGGCCGCUGUCACCUGAACCAGAUAUAGUCCGACCCAAAGUAAAAAAAUGGAAAGGGAUUCGCUGGAAACGUCUUCAGUUUGUCAUUACAAUCCGUAAGGGGGGCUCAAAAAAGGAGAGCAGUCGUGAAGUAUCAGAGCUAAUGGAGCGACUGCGUAUCACUUUCAGACCAGAGAAAAUUCCUCGGGACAAACGCAAAUGCUGCUUUUGUCAUGAUGAAGCUGACGGGGCCACGGACGGGCCAGGGCGUCUCCUCAACAUUGAUGUGGAUUUGUGGGUGCAUCUAAACUGCGCUCUGUGGUCCACAGAGGUCUAUGAGACGCAAGGAGGAGCUCUCAUCAAUGUAGAGGUGGCCCUGCGCAGAGGGCUGCGCACCCUUUGUGCCUACUGCCAGAAAACUGGGGCCACAAACAGCUGUAACAGACUGCGUUGUCCCAAUGUCUAUCAUUUUGCCUGUGCCAUUCGAGCUCGCUGCAUGUUCUUUAAGGACAAGACUAUGUUGUGCACACAGCAUAAACUCAAGGGCCCCAGUGAGGAUGAGCUGAUCGCCUUUGCUGUGUUAAGGCGGGUCUACAUUGAGCGUGAUGAAGUGAAGCAGAUUGCCAGUAUCCUCCAACGAGGAGAUCGAAUCCACUUGUUCAGAGUAGGAAGCCUGAUCUUCCACGCCGUUGGCCAACUCCUUCCUUCACAGAUGCCACUCUUCCACUCACCAACUGCCAUUUUUCCUGUGGGCUACGAGGCUACGCGCAUUUACUGGAGCACACGUGUGCCCAAUAAGCGUUGCAGAUACCGAUGUCGCAUCAAUGAAGAAAAUGGCCGGCCGCUUUUUGAGGUACGAGUCUUGGAACAUGGCAUGGAGGAUCUGCAUUACCGUAACGACACUCCAGAAGGAAUUUGGAACAGAGUGGUUCAGGAGGUGGCAAAACUUCGAGAGGAUUCUUCUAUGCUGAAACUGUUCACUGAACACCUUAAAGGAGAAGAAAUGUAUGGACUCACCAUCAAUGCUGUCAUGCGCAUCACAGAAUCGUUGCCUGGAGUGGAGAGCUGCCAGAGUUACCAGUUCCGUUAUGGCCGCCAUCCACUCAUGGAGCUCCCUCUCAUGAUAAAUCCCACUGGUUCUGCUCGCACCGAGCCCAAAGUCACAGCACAGUGCAAGAGGCCUCACACGCUCAAUAGCACCAGUGUUUCUAAAGCCUAUCAGAGCACUUUCACUGGAGAACUCAACACACCGUACAGCAAACAGUUUGUUCACUCCAAAUCGUCCCAAUAUCGGCGCCUAAAGACUGAGUGGAAGAACAACGUUUAUCUUGCCCGAUCCCGAAUCCAGGGUUUAGGAUUGUAUGCUGCUAAAGAUUUGGAAAAGCACACCAUGGUCAUUGAAUACAUUGGCACAGUUAUACGCAAUGAGGUUGCCAAUCGGCGAGAAAAGAUCUAUGAGUCUCAGAAUCGUGGCAUUUACAUGUUUCGCAUCAACAAUGAACAAGUCAUUGAUGCCACUUUGACUGGUGGCCCAGCUCGAUAUGUCAACCACUCCUGUGCCCCCAACUGUGUGGCAGAGGUGGUAACAUUUGACAAGGAAGACAAGAUCAUCAUAAUCUCUAGUCGAAAGAUUCCAAAGGGAGAAGAGCUGACUUAUGAUUACCAGUUUGAUUUUGAGGAUGAUCAGCACAAAAUUCCUUGUCAUUGUGGAGCCUGGAAUUGCAGAAAGUGGAUGAACUAA